AUGAACUAUCCUAAAGCAGACGAUAAACAUGCAACUUUUGAUGCGCAACAAUUAUUAAGUGGAGAACUAAAAUCCGAGGAUUAUCAACCAGUACGAGAACUUGAAAGAAUCAAAAAAGCAAAUGUUGAAACUCUUCAGCAUAAGACGAAUGGUUGGAUUGACACAGCAAAAGCUGUCUUAACUGCUGUUAUUGAUGUCAGUGGUUUAAUGCAAACAUGUGGACCAGCAAUAAACGCCGGCAUUCUUAAACCUGAUGAUGUGGUACGUGCAACUCAACAUGUGAUAUCGCUCGGGGAAGCAUUUAAAAGAAUCGAUAAUCGGGCAUGUGAUAAUGCUGUGAAGAAUUCCGAUGAAUUCUUUUCAUCAAUUGAAAAUAACGAGAAUACAAGUAAAAACUCAGCAGUACAAACAGCAUUAGAACAACAUCGAAACGAUGUGAAAGAAUUUCAAUCAAAUAAAGUCAAUAUCAACGUAUCUUACCAAAGUCAUGCUAAACUACGACAAACAUUUAAACAAGUCGAACCAAAUCAACAAUCUGACGUAUAUCAGAAAGCAGAACAAUCUAGUCAAGCUUGGAAUUUAGCACUUUAUCUCGGGCAGAUCGUUUUAGCUAUUAGUGUCAUUGUUGGUAUGGUUCUUUUGAAAUGUUGA